AUGGACGGCCAUAUCAUCAAGGUGAUGAAAAACGCUGAUUCAAUUUUAAGGUUUGUUUGCAGCAGCCCUGGCAGCCUAAUGUGCGUCGUCGGCUAUUCAUCGGAGAAAGUGAAUGUGCUCAACCUUGCUACCGGAGAGGCUACUGUGAUUCACCUCAAAUUUAGCUUUAUGGGCUUCGGCCGCGCCGCCCCGUCGGGCGCCUACAAGAUGGUCAGCAUAAAUCCCAGCAGCUGUGAGAUCCUCACGGUAGGGGAUGGCGUGGGCUGGAGGCAAAUGCAGCCGCUGCCCAACAAUAUGUCGUAUAAUAGUUCCCCUGUCGUGGUCAAGGGUGUCAUGUACUUGAUGUUAGCUUCGCAGCUGAACGGGGACAGCGUGAUCUGCUUCGAUCUGGAGAGCAAGGAGUGGAAGGGGGGAAUCAAAGGCCCACCGAAUAUCCAACUUCACCGGUUUGACAUUACCUUGGAGGAACUCAACGGGGCCCUGUGUAUGCUCCAGCCGGAGGUAGGAAACGUUUACCAUGGAACCAUGAGCAUAUGGCUCCUAAUCGAUUCCCGCAAGGGGGUCUGGAUCAAGGUUUACUCGAUCCCUGUGGACCCGUCUGCGUAUAGUCCCAUCAUGCCUUUGAGAAUAUUACAUGAUAACGGUAAACUACUCUUCUAUGUCACGCGUAAAUUCGAUGAAUUCGCGGUGCUGCAAAUCUAUGACCCACGUCAUCGGACAUUCACGGACGCGCCCAAGAUGCUCGCGGGUGACAACGGUGGCAGUAUCAACCUUUGCAGCGUGCACUUGGAUAGUUUUCUGCCCGCCACCGUCUAG